AGUUCCCGUCCUUUUCCCGUCUCUCUGAACCACCGCUAUAAAUACCACCACCGCCACCGCCACCGCCACCGCCGAAGCCCUCGCCGGAGCUCCGAGCCCUCUCUAAUGGCCUCUUCUUCAAAGGAGGGGCUGGUUCCCAUCACCAGGGCUUUCCUUGCGCGCUACUAUGAUAAGUACCCUCCUCCGCCUCUCUCCGAGGAUAUUGAUCGCUUGACGACCGAGCUCCGCCGCAUGGCCGAUCGCCUCCUCGAGCAAUGCCCUCUUAAGCCCGGUGAGGAACUACUGGCACAUGAAGCAAAUCUUGAACCUCCUCAUAAAGUUGAUGAGAACUUGUGGAAGAACAGAGAACACAUUGAAGAAAUAUUGUUUUUGCUUGAAAAGUCUCAUUGGCCGACUUCGCUCCAAAAGAAGACUACUACUGAGGAAGAAGAUAUUGGUGGUAUGAUUGAAGGAAUUGAAAUCAGUUUGCGGAAAACAUUGAAGAAGUUGGAGAUGUUCCAAUUAACAAAUGCUGAAAAUGUAUUCAAUACUGUUAUGACCUACAUGCCACAAGAUUUUAGAGGUUCACUUAUCAGACAGCAGCGAGAGAGAUCAGAGAGGAACAAACAAGCUGAAGUUGAUGCUUUGGUUAACUCUGGUGGAAGUAUCCGUGAUCGAUAUGCUUUACUAUGGAAACAACAAAUGGAGAGACGUAGACUAUUGGCUCAACUAGGUUCAGCAACUGGUGUGUAUAAGACAUUGGUGAAAUACUUGGUUGGGGUACCACAGGUUUUGUUAGAUUUUGUUCGACAGAUAAAUGAUGACGAUGGCCCCAUGGAAGAGCAAAGACAACGCUAUGGGCCAUGUGUUUAUAAACUUACAACAUUUGCACUUACCAUACGGUUAUUUCUAUUUCUUUCAUGGGGGCGUUUUGAGGUGGUAAAACUACAGAAGGAUGAAGCAUUGGUUGUAGAACAAGCUGUGCAUGUGUACACAUCUGAGUUUGAGAGAGUUAUCAUGUUCAUAGGUGAGGUGUUUGCAAAUUCACCUUUCUUCAUUUCAGCAGAGGAUGCUGGUGCUGCUGAGUGCAGGAAAGUUGAUGAUUACAAAGAAAUCGUCAUUGCAGCUGGGAGAACCUAUGAGGUCACACUGACAGUAGAUUCUGUGAAUUCAUUUAUUGCAUGGGACUUCGCUUUGAUACAAGGCACACUUAACUUGGAUGUUGGAUUUCGAGUUGAGUAUGUCAGUCCAUCGGGAGCAACAACACUCAUUUUGCCAAACCAACGGUAUGAGCGUGACCAAGGAAAUUUCAGCACUAUCUUGGCUGGAACUUACAAGCUCAUAUGGGAUAAUUCCUACUCAUCUUUUUUCAAGAAGAACCUCCGGUACAAGGUAGACGCAAUACCUGCCGUAGAACCAGCACCAGCACAACCUGCAGCGGAAACUGAAUAAAACCGUCCUCCGGCAUCAAGGAGGUAGUCUCCAUUCCAUCACACACUCGCAUGUCGUAGUCCAAUUCUUUUGUAUUAUUGCCGACAAUCAUCUAAAACAAAUAAUUACUCCACAUAAAACCCUCACAUAUAUAUUUUUUUUAUACACUAUUUAUUGGGUUUCCAAAAUCCAGCCUUCUCUUCUAAAUAGUUUAUUAUUACCAUCUAUUGUCAUUGUUCUUAUUUCCAUUUUAACCAGUUUGUGAUGGUUUCAUGAAGUAUUUGGUUAUGUA